UAGGGUAGGCUGGAGUAAAACAUAUUCAUUCCCUAUUAUGUACCAAAGCUUUAAACGCAUAUGGAAAAUUUUGCUUUCAAGUUGUUUCUAUGAGAUGAAAUAUUAUUUUAAAUAAAAAUAAUUCCAUAUGACUCAAAAAACGUUCGAUGUUAUGACUAGUCAGUGACCACCCCACCCUCCCUAACGCAAACGAAGGAUCCGAUCGCCUGAUCUGAUUCAUUGAAUGACUUCAAUUUGUCCAGAGUUAUAAUGCAUAGAGCAAAGCUCAGCGAAAAUAGACGCUUCCCUUGUAGAUUCACAGGCGUAGCCAAAAGGAAUCUUCGUUCUGUCUGCUUGGAAACGUUUUCUUCAAUUUUUAAUGAAGUGAAUUUGGAAAUGUCCUGACGAAUCCCGAGGGGCGCUGUGCAAAGUGACGUGGCGCGCCAAAUUGCGAAAUUUGACAAAUAAACCUUGAAAAUAUUUGUCGAAAGACCGCAGCGUUACCUGGACAGCGAAGGACGAUUGAAGUUUCAGGAAGACAGAGCUUUCCUAUUGAGUAAGAACGCUCGGUAGUUCUUAGAAACGCAUAUUUGUACUAUUUAUGACCGGUAGCACGAGCUUCGUUUCAAGUGACAUGGCUUCUGUGAAGGAAGAGAUAGCGAGGUUGAUGUGGAAACCAAGGCCUGAUCGAUCGACCAACAUUCACGAUUUUCAGUCAGUCGUGAACGAAGCUUUUGGCUUGGAUUUAAAAGCUUAUGAGGAGCUGCGGAAAUGGAGUGUCACUCAUUAUGUAGAUUUCUGGGAGAUGUUUUGGAAAUAUACAGGCAUUGUCCAUUCUCAACCAUACGAAGAGGUUUUAGAUCAAUCUCAAGCAAUGGCUGACAUACCAGAAUGGUUUCGUGGAGCUCGUCUUAAUUUUGCAGAGAAUCUUUUACGUUAUGGUGAUGACAAGGUUGCAUUAUACACAACAGGGGAGGGACAAGACAUUAAAAGCAUAACAUACCAUCAACUAAAGAAGAAUGUGACGCUGUUAGCCUCUGCACUCAAAAAUCUUGGUAUCGAGAAAGGAGACAGAGUUGUUGGUUAUAUUCCCAACUGUGCCUUAGCUGUGGAAGCCAUGUUAGCUACUGCCAGUCUGGGAGCUGUAUGGAGUUCUACGUCACCAGAUUUUGGUGUCACGGGUGUGCUGGAUAGGUUUACCCAAAUCAAGCCAAAGGUUAUUUUUUCAGUGGAAGCAGUCAGAUACAACAGUAAAAUACACAACCACUUGGAGAAACUGACUCAAGUAGUGAAAAACCUUCCUGAACUAGAAAAAGUUGUUGUGAUGCCUUUUGUUGGAAAAGCAGAUGAAAUUGAUCUCUCUAAAAUUCCUAACAGUGUUUUGUUGUCUGAGUUUGCAAAGUUUGCAGAUGAAGAGCCAGUUCUUGAGUUUGUACAGGUUCCUUUCAAUCACCCUCUGUACAUCAUGUACUCCUCAGGAACAACAGGGCCACCCAAGUGCAUGGUUCAUUCUGUCGGGGGAACAUUGAUCCAGCAUCUUAAAGAACAUGUCCUUCAUGGAAACAUGACCAGACAAGAUGUGAUCUUUUAUUACACAACAACAGGCUGGAUGAUGUGGAAUUGGUUAGUGUCAGCACUUGCUGUUGGAGCCUCCUUGGUGCUGUAUGAUGGCUCACCAUUCAUUCCUACACCUCAUGUCAUAUGGGACUUAGUUGACCAAAUAAGAAUAACCAUUCUUGGUACUGGUGCCAAAUGGUUGUCAGCUCUUGAAGAUAGGGAAGUACAGCCAAUUAAGACACAUAGCCUGUCAACCCUACACACGAUUUUGUCGACGGGCUCCCCCCUGAAACCAGCCAGUUUUGACUAUGUUUACAGCAGCAUCAAGGAGGAUGUACUUCUAGGAUCCAUCUCGGGAGGCACAGACAUCAUAUCAUGUUUUGCUGGUCAGAAUCCAACUGUGCCUGUCUACCGCGGUGAAAUCCAAACACGCAACCUUGGAAUGGCUGUGGAGAGCUGGAGUGACGAAGGUGAAGCAGUAUAUGAUCAGAGUGGUGAGUUAGUCUGUACCAAGCCCUUCCCGUGUAUGCCGAUCUACUUUUGGAAUGAUCCACAAGGACUCAAAUACAAAAAAGCCUACUUCAACAAGUUUGCAGGUGUAUGGACUCACGGAGACUUCUGCUCAGUCAGUUCUUCCACUGGAGGAAUUCUUAUGUUGGGAAGAAGUGAUGGAACUCUUAACCCAGCCGGUGUCAGAUUCGGGAGUGCGGAAAUUUAUAACAUAGUGGAGAAAUUCGACGAUGUGGAAGACAGCUUGUGUGUUGGUCAGCAAACCGACGAUGGAGAGCGCGUUGUACUGUUCCUGAAAAUGAGCAACGGAUUUACUUUUAACGAGGAGUUACUGGCUCGGAUAAGAACUACAAUCCGUCAGCGACUGUCAGCGCGACACGUACCAGAGAUUAUACUUGAAACAAAAGAGAUCCCUUACACAGCAAGCGGAAAGAAAGUGGAAGUAGCCGUGAAACGGAUAAUUGCAGGAGAGCAUAUCAAAAACAGAGGAGCGCUCGCUAAUCCCAACUCCUUGGACCUUUACUAUAACAUUCUCCAGCUUAAACAGGGAUAGUGUUGAAGACAUAAGAGUAGAAACAGAGUAGAGGAAUAUUUUUCAAACUUUUCCUGACUCCUGCACGGCACUCUCGGGCUCUCAAACUGAAACAGUAGAAUGGAGACCAUCCCAACACAAUAGUAUCUUCCAAAUGUACAAUUUAGUGGGGAAGAGUUUUAAUAUUUCACUGGGAGAAAAAAAACAUACAAAUGACUUUCAUGGGUCGCGUGAUCUAGGAACCUGUUCGCAUUACCAGUCGCAUCUCCAAUUUGAUUUCAAAAGCAUCCACGUGUGAAAAAAUGAGAGAUUAUGACUUGCAAAACACACAAUCGACAACACACGAGGCCAUACGGUGAAUCUAAACGUGGAUAUAUUCGCCGCUGUCGAGUCGAGCCUUGACAUGGUACUUGUGGGCAUGAAAUAACCUGAUUAUCACUAGACAUUGAGGAAAUACUUUCCAGGGAAAACAUUGUGAUGAGGUCAAUAUUUGUAAUUAUGGGAACAUGUGAUACAGUACGUAUUUUUACUCGUCGGUUUUAAUUUUAAUGAAAAAUGUGAUGAAUUUA